GGCCGGGGGGGCUGCGGCAGCCGUGUCCCGCAGGCCCCUGCUCCAGCCCUGGGCGAGUGAGGGCCGCGGGGCCUCUCGGGCCGGGCGCGGGGCCCCUCCGGAGCUCGGGUUAGGAGGUCUCAGUGCUGGCGCUCCGGGGCAGUUGACACCCCCCGACUCCCUCCGACCCCACCGAACCUGGCCUGGCCGUAAGCGCCGAGGCCGCCGGCCCUGCCCUCGAGGCGUUUCCGCCUCGCCGGGGCCGGUACAUAAAGCCCGGCCCCGCUGCGCUGCGGCCGCGGCGAUGGCAGCGGGACGAGCCCCGCUCGGGCUGCGGCGGUGGCUGUCCUCGCCCGCCCCGGCGCCGCGGGUCUGCGUGGUGGGCAGCGGCCCCGCCGGCUUCUACACGGCUCAGCACAUCCUCAAGCACCAUGGCGGGGCCCAGGUGGACAUCUACGAGAAGCUGCCCGUUCCCUUCGGGCUCGUCCGUUUUGGGGUGGCCCCAGACCACCCAGAAGUGAAGAACGUGAUCAACACCUUCACGCAGACGGCGCACUCGGGGCGCUGUGCCUACUACGGGAAUGUCACCGUGGGCAGGGACGUCACGGUGCCGGAGCUGCGGCAGGCGUACCACGCCGUGGUGCUGAGUUAUGGUGCUGAAGACAACCGGGUCCUGGGGAUCCCAGGGGAGAACCUCUCCGGUGUGUAUUCGGCCCGAGCAUUUGUGGGCUGGUACAACGGGCUGCCUGAGAACCGAGACCUGAAGCCUGACCUGAGCUGUGAGACAGCGCUGAUUCUGGGUCAUGGCAACGUGGCGCUGGACAUUGCCCGGAUCCUCCUGUCCCCACUGCAACUCCUCAGGAAGACAGACAUCACUGACAGCUCCCUGGCAGCUCUUGCCUGCAGCAAGGUGAAGCGUGUCUGGCUAGUUGGGAGGAGGGGACCUCUCCAAGUUGCUUUCACUAUCAAGGAGCUGCGGGAGAUGAUAAACCUUCCUGGUGCCAGAGCUGUCCUGGACCCUGCUGACUUCACAGGCCUCGAAAGUGCUGUUAAAGAUGCUCCCAGGCCCAGGAAGCGACUGACUGAGCUGAUGAUCAAAACAGCCCUGGAGAAGCCCAGGGAGAAGCCAGUGGAGGCCCAGGCAGCACAGGCAGCAGCGCCUCGGGAGUGGGGUCUGAAGUUCCAGCGCAGCCCCCAGGAAGUGCUGCCCACCCCUGAUGGGAAGAGGGCGAGGGGUGUCCGCAUGGCCCUGACCCGCCUGGAGGGCUCAGGUGACUCUGCCAGAGCCAUCCCCACUGGAGAGGUGGAGGAGCUGGAGUGUGGGCUGGUGCUCAGCAGCAUCGGGUACCGGAGCCUGCCGCUGGACCCGGCCGUGCCCUUCGACACCCAGCGUGGCAUCAUCCCCAACAGCUCGGGCAGAGUGGAGGGUGUCCCAGGUCUGUACUGCAGCGGGUGGGUGAAGAGAGGACCCACGGGCGUGAUCAUCACCACCAUGAACGACAGCUUUGACACUGCCCAGUCUGUGCUGGAGGAUCUCCAGGGGGGUGUGCUGGACAUGUCCCCCUCCAGAGAAGGCUUUGGGGCUGUGGAGAGCAUCCUGCGCAGCCGAGGGGUCCGUCCUGUUUCCUUCUCGGACUGGGAGAAGAUCGAUGCUGCUGAAGUGGCAAGAGGCAAAGCUGCUGGCAAACCCCGAGAGAAGAUCGUGGAUCCUGCAGAGAUGCUGCGGCUGAUCGGUCACUAGGGCAGCAGUGGUGGGAAUGUGGCACUGCUCCAGUGGAGCCGUCCUGGGGCAACACCAGCGGGUCGUGAGCAGAGCCUGGGAGCACAGGGCUUGUGCCCAGGGCUGGUGGCCACUCUGGUGACACUGAGGCCUCUCUGGUACGAUGAACUCUGGGUUCCCAAAGUGAAUGUCCUCAAGACAUGAGGCUGCUGGCUGGCCCUGCGUCCCUGCAGCAGGGCUGCCAUUCCUGGGGGUGAUACCUGUUGUUUGAGUCCUUGCAACAUUAAUGAAUCAUGCAGUGCAGGUGAGGGGAGGUGUGUGUGCACCUGGAGGAGUCCUGCCAGCCACUUUCCCCACAGCAAGUCGCACGGAGACGUUUCCCUGUGUCAUGCUGCCUCCCCUUUAAGCCACAAGCCAAAUGGCUUCAUUGCCUUGUAAUUUGUGCCAGAGCAGGCAUCUUUUAAUGAUAAUUGUUUUUUAAAUAAACCCUUCCAGGGAAGCCAAAUUGGACCUCCUGCUUGAGUCUGGCUUCUUUGUCUGUGACUGCCUUAACCUGGGAACAGCCAGCCCAGCACUGCGGCUGCUGUGACAUGUCCCAAGGCAAGGCAGCUCCACACAGGGAGGGACCAGGUGCCCUCCGCUUGUUGUGAGCUCUGUGCAGGCAGAAAAGGGCAUUAAUUUGCUUUCUGCCUCCUACAGUUAAACCCCGACAGAGCCUGGGUUCUGUCCUAUGGGGUGGAUUGGGAUAACAACCAUGUAAUUGCCUUGUUCCGGAUCAUGAGGGAUCCUGUGUCCAUCAGUACCUGCCAGCGCUGACUGGUGCAAGCAGUGCCUUGAGCCCUUUCACUCUGUUCACUGGUGGAGUUAUUUUUUUGGCCUGUGUGUUUUGAAGCUUAUUAAAUGCUUCUCUUAGCCCAGAUUGACUACGGUGACGGUGUCAGGUUUUAAGCCAGAUUACAAACCGUGAGCUGUAAUCUCCUCUUUAUCCGUGGCGCAGGGGCAGCGUCAGCAGGGCCCCCUUGCCUGGCUGUCCCCAACCCCCCCGUGCUCCCUGCCAGAGUGCUGCAGGAUUGCAACCCCUCCUCUCUGACCUGUGUAAAUGAUGACAGCAGCAGUGGCUCUGUGGUGGAGGCAGAGGGAAAACUGAGCCAGGGCAGCCAACGGUGGUUUGUCCACACUCAACCUCCAUCUCAGCCCAGCCCUCUCCCAGGGCAGAGGACUUGCCCACAGGGCACUGUAUUCCCACCCCAUUGUUGUCCCAGCCUUAAGGAAGGGAGAUCUCUGACUUCUAUUUUUGCCUCUUUUUCUCCUAUCCUUUUCUAUUUAAAUCUCAUUUGCAAGCUCAUUAAGAAACUCGGGAAAUGUGAUACUGGGAACUCGUACGCAAACGAGCAAUAAAGCUUUUGUGGA